AUGUCUUCUCCGGCAGUUCCCGAAGUACGUGCUGUGGAGGCUGCUGAGGAGCCCGCUGUGGCAGGGUCUGCGCUGGAAGCUCCUGUGGCGAAAGCCGCCGGACCGCCAGGCCCACCAGCAGCGCUGGUGAUUUCUGACGAGCAGAAUGUCUCCGGACGUACGGUGACUGGAGUGUUGCUUGAGGGGAAGGAUCUCCUCGAGAUCCCGAUUGAAGAGCUCCUUGCUCUUUCUGUGUCGUCCCUUGAGCCCGCUGAUUCGCUCAUCAACGACAUUUGCUAUGAGAUUCCGAAGACCGAGGCCGAGCGCUGGCACAGGUCUGCGGACCUGGCCCAAGAGCAUGUGCACAGCAUCCAGUCUGUCAUGAACCAGCUGGUGCAGCUGCAUGCUGCUGACCCCGCACAGCCUCUUGAGGAGACAAGGGUUCCGACGGAUUCGGAAGAAUAUGGUGGCCAGUCCCAUGCCGAGUUAGCGGUCAAGCGCCAGGGGAUGGUGGUUCGACUCCAGCAACUUCGAUCUGGCGCCUCGUUUUGGGGAUAUGUGUAUUUUUCAGCUUUGAGUGCACUGCCCGAUACU